AUGCUUUGGCUGAACACGCUUCAGCCGAUUUCAGUGCGGCCAAUUGCAAUCACCACAUUGCGCGCAAGCGACACCCAGGCUCCAGAGCGGCAAGAUGUUGCUGAGGGGCGCCGUUCAGCUGAGGUGGUGGUUCCUCUCCCCUACUCGCGGCGGGUCUUUGCCUCCUCCUGGCUGGUAGCCAUCACUGCAGGCCUCGCAGCACUGCACGGCCAGUUCCUGUGCAGCGCGCUGUGCCUGCUGGUGCUGCUCGGAACAGUGAACUAUUGGCGCGACCCGCGCAGCGGCUGGCGCCGGCGGUGCGACUUCCUCUUUGCCAAUUCGGGGAUCGGAUACCACCUACUUCUCGCCUUGGUGCUGUGGACAAAGACUCCACUCAGGCAAAAGCUGGCCUUGCUCAGUCCCUCCGUGCGGCCCUGGCUUCCUUGCGGGCCGGCUUGGCCUGCGCUGAACCCUCUGGGCUUCUGGCUGCUGUGGGGCUGCGCGCUGGUCCUCUACCUGCGGGCCCGCGCUUGCGCCCAGGAGGGCCAGUUCGAUGCUGGCACCAGAUGGCACGUGGGCUUCCACUGCGUCGGGAAUCUGGCCAACAUCUUGCCGACCGCUCAGCGCGAGCGAGGGCGCAGGAUCCGAAUUCCAGGGCAUGUAGUGCCACAUCAAAAUUCGACCUUCAAGAAGUUUCGGAAGCAGGAGACAUGUGACAGAUCACGGCGAGAGCCACAUCGCUAUUGA